AUGGUCAAGGCGGACGUGCGGAGGGAUUACUACGCCGACCUGGGUCUGACCCCGAGCGCGGAAACAGAGGAAAUCAAGAGACAGUUCCGCAAGCUAGCGCUCAAAUACCAUCCGGAUAGAAACCCCGGGAAAGAGUUGGAGUUCAUCUCCAAGUUCCAGGCGAUCCAGGCGGCCAAUGAAAUCCUCAGUGACCCCCAGCAACGACUGAAAUAUGACACGGAUCGCUUGCGCGCCGGUUACGGCAAGCUCUACGGCCCUCCCAAAGCCAACACGGCUCGAAAGGCCCCUACGAAUCCCUAUGCAUCCCCGUAUACUCCGAAACCACCUCAGCCUCCGAAGCCCCGCCCCCAGUCUUUCCAUCAUAGUCCAUCUGCUGGCGCUCAACGCUAUGCUAGCUACGCGCGAGCGGCCCCGAAACAGGCAUGGGAGAAGAGGCCAGAUGAAGGGCAAACACGUGCCGAUGCAUAUAGGGGGUUCCAGGAGAUGAAGGGCAAUGCUAUGCCGGGUGGUUGGUCUUCGUUUGACCCCCGCACUGGUUACGCUAGCACCCCACCUAGGCCUAACGGGCAGUCCCCGAGGCCUAAAUCUGCCUACGAGUACUUCAAGAAGUCCCCUAAAGCGGCGAGUCCCGAGCCGACUCGGACGCAGUCCGCCAAGAAGAAGCAAGGGUUCGCUCCGCGCGCUGCUGGCGGCGAUGAGCCUAUGGCUGCAAAUACAUCUGCUUAUACGAGUGUUCCCCGGGCUGAGCGCUCGCAAACGCCAAACUCCUUUUACGCUCCGGCUCCCUCACCGACGGCUAGAAAAUCGGCAGCAGCCGCGCAACAUCGGGCAGAGAACACAAGCACUCCAGAUAUUGAACGAGCGAGAAGCAGAUAUGCCACCGCUGGCGGGGAGCGAACAUUCUUCUCGAGUGCCGGACUCGGACGCUCUGCUAGCAUGCGCGAUUCGACGUCGAGUCCUCAACCCCGUCCCAGGACCAACCCACCUAGCCCCACUCCUCCGGAGAGUGGCAGACACCGGAGCGCUAGUCCAAAGUUGAAGAAGGAUAAUCGGAAUUAUACAUCUACAAGCUCGAGUGAUUCGGAGGAUGAUGACUUCUUGGCGCGCAAGCCCAAGGCAGUCCCUAAGAGCCGGCUUCGUGCCCAUAAGAAGUUCAGCGACUUCCAUACUGAGAAGAGUCGUAAGACAGGACCUGACUCUGAGAAGCCCAGUCCACCUAAGAAUGUAUUCGAUACAUCUGCAUUCUUUGGAGACGGGAGUCCCCUAAAAGCCUCCGGAGCCCCUAAUGCGGACGCGCAUACCCCGAACAGGAGUUUCAAGAGCAGCAGCCAUGAGCAGCUCCGCCAGCCAUUCUUUGCCCGGAGCUGGGAAGGCACUGACUUCUUCGGUGCGGCGCAGUCGGACAAAGAGUCGCAAGAUUCACGCGCGCGAGGCCGAGGUGCGAACCGGGACAUUUUCGGCCAAGCAGAGGGCUCUGCGGGUGCUUCUAACCUCAAAUCGCCGCGCUCAGAGUCCGCUACCUCCCAACAGUCCACGCCUUUCGCCCAGGCGAAGUUCUCUGCCGACGCAUGGAUCGAGGAGCUGCGAAAGGCUAACAUUCCGUGGGCCGUUCCGACCACCGAUAACGCCAAGCAAGCACAGCCAACUGCCUCACAGCGCCAGAAGAGUCCCCGGAAGCAAACUAGGCCUGGAGUUAAACCCCGGCCCGCUACCCAAGCCAGUGUGGCUACUGAAGCCGAGGAAGCCGAAUCGACCAUCAAUGGAGAAACCGCUCAGGAGCCAGCCAAGACCGAUGCUGCUGAUGUAGAAGCUAUGGAUGUUGACGAUGUUCCGCCUGUCAAUACCACCAUUCCAGCUACAGAGCCAGAGAAGACCAAGGAAGACGAGGUCAAGGAAGACAAGCCCAAAGAAGACCCGGCGAAGGAAAUGCCCCCACCGAAGAUUCGGCCAACCUCGCGGAAAGGCAAGGUCCAGCACACGAAGUCCUUCGACUUCUCAAACCUCACCAGCACAAUGCCAUUUACGCCGACCAGCAACGGUGGCAUCGACGACCUACAAGACAUCCAAGCCAACCUCCCAUUCGAAUCCCGCCCCAACGUCCCCAGAACAAACAUGCGUGAUGUCCGAGCCCGCAAGCUAGUCUGUCCGAACCCACCAAAACGGCCAAGCGCACCAGACCUAGUCCCCAUCAGCGCAGGAUCCCAACAACUUGGCCUCCCUCGAGCUGCAUGGGAGCGCUACGCCGCAGAAAUGAACACAUACAUGCGCGAAUGGAAUUCCUUCAACCGCCGUAUUCUGCGCCACUUCAACGCCCGCCAAGAAGCCAUCGAGACAGGAAUGGCACCGAACUGGAUCAGCGCUGUUGGAGACUCGGCGCGUCUCAAAGUCGACGCUCAGGACCAGGAGGACGACGACGACGAUGACAACAAGAAAGCCGAUGGCAACGAAAGUGAUGAUAGCAUGGUAGCCGGCAGCGGGAAAGCCGGAUUCAGCGCCUACUUGCGCGGACUAGAUGAAGAUGCCAAGGUCAUGAAGCAUUGGGAAGUCGCAAGGGAAAUGCACCGCGAGUGCAUUUUGAAGCUUGGGGAGAUGCGCGAGUGGAUUUUGAAUGGGGGGAAGUUGGUAUAG